UCAUCGAGGCGACCCCUGAGCGCUGACCGUGGUGAUGGCGGGAGGGGUGGCGUAGAAUGCAGGGGUGGUGGCUUAGCUGGCAUUUGGCGAGCACCUUGAUGUUCAAAGUGUGGCCUGUCACCUGGGAGCCUCUUAAAAAUGCAGGUUCUCGGCCCCCACGCUUGGCCAUUGAGCCAGAACCUAUAUUUUAACAGGAUCAGCGGGCGAUUUGUGUGACAUGAAAGUGUCACCCAGCCGUCCGAUGAGGUGGGUGUUACCAUCCCAUCUUACAGAGGAUGCUCUGAGGUGCUGAGAGACUACCUCGUGGUCCCACACCCAAUAAAUGGCAAAACCAAGAUUUGAACACAUAGCCAUUCUUCUGUCCCCCUGUCUUCCCACGUGACAAACGGAAAUCCCAUCUAGAAAAGGGGUUUCUCCAGGGAUGCCCCUUUGAGGAGGGAGCUUUAAUGACCUAGGACUUGUUUACAAGAUCCUGUGAUCCUUUACCACACUCUGGGUUGAGAGCAGCCACCAUAGUGAGCCACUGUGAUUGCUGGGGUGUGUACAACCCUCACACACCCAGGGAUAAGCCACGGGGUCUCCACCUGAGCCUGACGGCCUGUCUGUGGAGUCAGGGAGUGGUUGGGGCUGAUGCCACCUCCAGCAGACACCUGUGAUUACCUGGGACUUCCAGCUGCUGAGCCUAUGGCAGCUUGAUUCCAGAACAGGCCACUGCCAUCCGGGUGGAGAGACAUGAGCAGGGAGUGCCUGGGAACUGAGGGAGGGGGCUUGGCUCACAGUGAGGGGGACUUCAAGAGGAGCCCUCUUAAAGGAUGGUGUCCCCAGAGCAGGGAAGGGAGAGCUGGCACGUCGGAGCAGGUGACAGCAGAGGCAAAAGCACCGUGGUGGCACCUGGCCCACAGGCUCCCACCCACCCAGUGAGAAGUAACUCAAGGAAAGCACUUUGGAAAGUGCUUGGGCAGGUGAGCUGGUGCCUGGGCGUCAUUGUUGUUGGGCCCCCUCCUCCCACCAUGCCUUCCUCCCUCAGAGCUUCAGGAAAAGGCCUCGCAGCUGCUCGGGGUGGAGCAGACCCUGUUUGUGCCCACCAACACCAUGGCCAACCUCAUCGCAAGUGAGUGCGUGACCUUCCAUUGCCUCCACAUCCCUCCCACGCUCCUUCCCUCUGGGCUAGGGACCACCACACUCCUCCCCUCUGGACCUGGGACCACCACACUCCUCCCCUCUGGACGUGGGGCCACCACACUCCUGGGCAACAUCAGUGGGGUCCCUAGCCCUGUUGGCAUUCUGUUGGGUGGCUGUGGGGAGCCUUAGCAGGAGAUGGGGGGAGGGAGCGGAGCCGGGUCAUGGCCAGUGCCAGGUGACCCUCUCUACCUAAUCCUGUCUCCAGGUUCCUGGAGCCAUGACCUCUUCUCACCACCCCCUUUCAGGCCAGCGGUCCACGCUGUUCCUUGAGAUUUUCCAAAUCCUGCCCUCACCUUGUAGGUUGUCCCUUUCUUACACUUUACUCCGGUUUCUUAGUUUGCAGGAGCCACCUUCUGCAGGGCCUAAUGAGGCAGGUGCUCUGGGCACUUACCACCAGCCAUGCAGCAGCACCUUGGCCCCCUUCUGCAGGGCUGCCCGACACAGGUGUGCAGGCUGCAUGUGGCCCAACAUCUACAGGUCAGCAGAUUUGUGUCUUACCUGUUACCAGCUUUCGUUGAAUCCACUUGGACUCGUGACAAUUCCAACUCACGGCAACCCCACGUGUAUCAGAGUAGAAAUGUGCUCCGUAGGGUUGUCAGUGGCUGGUUUUUCAGAAGUAGGUCGCUAGGCCUUUCUUCUGAGGUGCUUCUGGGUGGACUCCAACCUCCAACCUUUUGGAUAGAAGCUGAGAGCAUUUGCACCACCCAGGGGCUCAGCCUGGCUGAGGCCGAGCAGACAGGAGCAAGUGGACCCUGUUGGACUUGAUGCCAAGACCUGCCCUCCCCUGUCUCAGCGAUGGGUCACUGCCACCGCCGGGGCUCCCGGCAUCUCCUUGGGCAAGAGAGCCUCCGUGUCUAUGAGCAGGGUGGGGUGGCUCAGAUUGCUGGAGUACACUCUCACCCCCUUCCAGACCUGCCCCACGGCACCAUGGACCUGGUGGAGCUGGAGAUGCUCAGGCAGGGCCUGGGGAACCCCUACCACCCCGUCUGUGAGCUUACUUGCCUGGAGAACACCCACAGCAGCUCAGGGUCUGAGCUCGACUACCUACGCCAGGUGCACGCCCUGGCCCGGAACUAUGGGGUCCGGGUCCACCUGGACGGAGCCCUACUGUUGAACGCAGUGGUUGCUCUGCACGUGCCCCCCACCUGCAUCAUGGAGCACUGUGACUCUGUCUCCCUCUGUUUUUCCAAGGACCUUCACCCAGGACUCCAGGAGCUGGUCUCCUCCCUCUGCUCCGUGGAUCCCAGCACCAUGAAAACCAACGUGGUGAUGGUGCAGGUGGCCGGGCUGCCGCCCAAGAAGCUGUGCCAACACCUUCAGCCCGUGAGUGCUGAAGAGGAGGCACAGAUGGGUCAGGCAGUGAGUGUGCUGCUGUUCCCCUGGACAGAGUGUUCUGUGCGUGCCAUGUGGCACUGUGACGUCUUGGCGCAGGACACAGAGCUGGCACUGAGGAAGUGGGAGUUCGUGCUGAGGCAGGUGGGGCCCUAAGGAUGGUGUGGCCGGGGACACUGUGUCCUGGCUGGGAUGGGAGGGAAAGUGGAGGUAUCCAAAGGACAGGCAGGAGGAGAGGCAGCAAAACAACACCCUGUUAUCCACCUGUCUCCCAUGGGACCCCUCACUUUACAUGACACUAGAGUGAAGCCCUGUCCCCCGCUCAGUCAGUGAACCCUCCUGGUACCAGUGGGGUGGCUGCACUGGCUUCCUGCCGCUGCUAUAACAAGUACCACACGGGGGCAGGGGAGGCAUAAAAUGACAGAAAUUAAGAAGUCUCUGAGUGUCAGAAACUGUUAAGCGCUUGACUGCUAGCUGUAGGGUUGACAGUUUGAACUCAACCUGAGGUGCCUAGGAAGAAGGACCUGGUGAUCUCCUGAAAGGUCACAGCCUUGAAAACCCUAUGAGCAGCUCUACUCUGCACACACAGAGUUGCCAUGAGUCGGAAACAACAACAACCAACAAAAGCCCCGAGCAUAUAAAAUGAAAACAAAAGUAUUGAAAUACACAUAAAAACAACAAAUUUAUUCUCUUGGUUCUGGAAGCUGGGAGUCCGAGAUCAGGGUGUGGGCCAUGUUGAUUCCUUCUAAGACAGAGAAUCUGUUCCGUGCCUCUCUCCUAGCUUCUGGUGAAAGCUGGCAGUCCCUUGGCUUGUAGGUGCAACCCUCCAGUCUGCGUUGUCAUAUGGCCAUCUUCCCUGUGUGUUUUUGUGUCUCUUCUCUUUUAUAAAGACAACACUCAUUGGAUUAGGACCCCCCCGCACCAGUAUGACCUCAUGUUUACUGAUAACAUCUGCAAAGACCCUAUUUCCAAACAGUCACAUUCAUAGGUACCAGGGGUUAGGACUUUAACAUAUCUUUUUGGGGGGCACAAUUCAAUCCACACCAACGCCCAAAGACGUAGAGAAAUAGGACACCAUCCAGGCCCUCCUCACCAGAAUCCAGGAGACAGCCUGGGCAGGCCUUUCACUCCCACUGUAAAGAGGAAGCUGCCCUAAGCUGUUGCUCAAAGCCACAUACUAACCAGAGCUUCCCAGGAGGCAGGGAGAGGAAAUUAGAAAUGGAUAUCAAGAUACGUUUUGAAGGGCUUUAACUGCUAAGAUAAGGGGUCUGGACUGUAUCUGUAGUCAUCUAAUAUAUUUUUUCCUUUUUAAAAAAUAAAUUUUCUGAGGGUAGAGGGGAUUAGAAACGCAAAACGGUCACAAAAGGAGAACCUGGAAGGAGAGAGCGGGUUGACUCAUUAGGGGGAGAGUAAGUGGGAGUAUGUAGUAAGGUGUAUAUAAGUUUAUAUGUGAGAGACUGACUUAAUUUGUAAACUUUCACUUAAAGCACAAUAAAAAUUAUUUAAAAAAUAAAUUUUCUGUUUAUAAAGCAGUAUGUAUUUAUUGUAGAUAAUUUUGGGCUAGACCUCGUUAUUAGCAUCUCUUGUAAUUUGGACACACACAGUGGUUAGGGCCACCCCUCCUGAGAUCGUCAAGAAAAGCUGGAUGAAACACAUAUUUGUAAAGUUCUGUUUAGAGGUACUGGAGAUCCUGUGGGGCAGGAAUGGGUUGUAAGGCCAAGACCUGGGAAAAGAGAGAAACCUAGAGCUGGGCCUGGCAUUGGGGCCACUUUUCCUCCAGGCAUCUGCUGGAUUCUGAAAGCAGGUGCUGAGAGGCUGAGCAGCUGAGCAAAGCUUUUGAGAGACACACAGGGCUAAGGAGGCAGAAACUGAGGUUGGAAUUGGGGCCUUGAAAGAGUUACAGAAACUGGAAAUAGAUCCACCCUUAUGAAAAGCGAAGCCCAGAUAUGAAUCACCAUAACCCCUGAUUCAGGUGACCUGGAAUUGCUAAUGCCUCUGGUCUAGCAGCCUGCCAGAAGCCAAAACCAAGUCCUUUCUGGAGAAAGAUGAUACCACUCGGUGCCUCCAGUUUUCUCUACAGUUUUUUUUAUAUGUGAAGUGCCCACUCAAUCAGAAAUAGCCAGGCAUAGGAUGGAACAAGAUGUGGCUGACAUCAAGAGAAAAAACAGACAAGAGAAAUAGACCUCCAAAGGAUCAAGGUAAUGGCGUUAUUAGACAUGGACUUUAAAAUAUUCAAGGAAAUAAGAUCAAGAAAUUCGGCAGAGAGAUUGAAAC